UAUGGUAACAUUGUCCCAACAACAGAUGCAAGCAAACUUUUUUGCAUGCUUUAUACGCUGGUAGGUGUACCGCUGCUGUUUUUAUCGCUAGCAAAUAUAGGACAGUUUUUCGCUGAAGGCUAUUGGAUUUUUCUGGCAUCUCUCUCCAGAACACAGCGUCGUUUGCCGUUGUUUCUUGUCGUCACAUUAUUAUUGACGCAUUCUGUUAUCGGUGGCCUACUGUUUCAUUUCUGGAUUGAUCAGAUGCCCGUCAUCCCGGCAGUUUAUUUUAGUUUCGUUUCAAUCACCACGAUCGGCUAUGGCGAUAUCACUCCGACACCAAAUGGUCCCUUGCAAACAUUCAUUAUUAUAUUUUAUCUUGCUAUUGGAAUGGUGAUUAUGUCAACAUUUGUGGCAGCACUGUAUAAUUACUUGCGGAAAUUACAUUACCUAGGGCGCAAUUUCAGUGGUGCAGCACAUGUGGAGGUGUGGUUCGGUGGUACCAGGAUGUCCGUAUCCGAGCUGCUCUAUAUUGUUGCUGAGGAAUUCAAUGUCUCUCCCAAAAUGCUUUACGAAGUGUUACACGAUUUGGACGACAUAAUAACAGAAGCGACAGAUCCGAAGUUGCAAAAUAAUAUUGAAGAAGUUGAAAAUCGUCGUCAGGAUCGAAUUUCGCGCAGUGAAAGUCGCGCGGGUGAAAAACGGACGAAAAAGGGAGUGAGAAGAGUGGAAGUGAAGGAUUCGGAAAAUCCUGAACAUACACAUGUGAUGAUCAAAGUUGAUUCGGACAAAUACUUAAAUACAAUUCCGGCAGACCAGCGAGAUAAUGUUAUACAAGCACUUGGCAUGUUCCAUCACGUGCUCAAGACGAAAUCAAAUUUGAGCAAGCGACGCUCGUCAUCUGCAUCGGCCAAGUUGCGCAUGGUAAAGCACAGCAACCAGACAGUCUAUUAG